GAAAAUAGUUUUAUGUGAGUGUUUUGUUUACAUCGUGAGUGGAAAUGUCAAACUGAACCGCUCACCAGGGUGAUGGGGAACGCCGACAGUGUUGUAGCGCAAAAACGAUUGGCUCGUUUUCGUCCGGAUGAGAGACCUGUUAUAGAGGGGAUAUUUGACAGGCUUCAUGGAAAUAGCUCCUCUGUUUCAUCUGGAAAAGGGAAGAUUUUAUCCUUAGACGUGCUGAAGAUGACAAUGGGAAAGAUGGCCUCAGAAACAAUGAUAAACAGAGUAUUCCAGGGCAUACACAGCAUUGAUCCAGGAGUGCCAGUGCCCCCUGGUGAUGGGAUAAGCCGAGAGCAGCUGGUGAUUUUCUUAGCAGAUAUACUUAGAGGAACUGCAGAGGAACGUGCACCUUUGGUCUUGGCAAUGGCACAGGGUGCAAAGGCAACUGCUACCACGACUGAGCACAUCAGAGAUUUUAUGGAAGACCUGGCUUCAGCUGCAGUGCAGACUCUAGCCCACAGGGAUCUGCGGGCUUGGAAACCAGAUCGCAUGGGUGAUGAGCCUCAAGGUGUUAAACUUCUGGCAGAACAGUUGACCUCCGAAUUAAAAUCUUCAGAACAGAAUACCUGUGACAUUUCUUGUCUGGAAGACUGGCUGUUCCGGAUCCCAGCAAUGGCCAUGUUUUUGGAGCUCCUGAUUGCUGAGGGUCUAGGAGUUAGGUUGCCCUCCCAUCCUCCCCCGACUCUGUUGCCUCCGUGUCAGUACGCUCCAUGGAGUGAACUUCGUUGUCUCUUGAAUAUACCUCUUCUGAUGUUCCUGUCACCUCAGCUGCCAGCUGCACACAGUGCCCCCUGGAGGUUGCUGUUCUCCACAAACAUACACGGGGAAAGCUUCACCCGGCUGGUGGGCAACUGCAAAAGUCGGGGUCCCACUGUCAUUUUGGUAAAGGACACUAAAGGGCAUAUCUUCGGGGGCUUUGCGUCUCAAAGCUGGGAGAUCAAACCUCAGUUCCAGGGUGAUACCAGGUCCUUCCUCUUCUCCGUUUUUCCACACAUGCGAGUGUUCACCUGCACAGGCUAUAACAAUCAUUACAUGUACUUGAACCAAGGCCAGCAGACUAUGCCGAAUGGCUUGGGUAUGGGAGGUCAGCAUGGCUAUUUCGGUUUGUGGUUGGACUGCGAUUUUGGACAUGGCCACAGUAGGGCUCGACCACGCUGCACCACUUAUGGCAGUCCUCAGCUCUCAGGAGACGAGGACUUCAAACUGGACACCGUGGAGGUGUGGGCCGUUGGGAAGCCGCCUGAAGAACAGGAGCAGGAUGAGAAAAAGAAGAGCAUACUAGAUGCAGAUCCUGAAGUACAGGCUAUGAUGGAAAUGACAGGGAAGACCCUGCACAGCCAAGGUCUCAGAGAACCUGAAGAGGAUGAGGAACAGUGAGGAAGGAACAAAAAAUAUGAUUAAUCGUAUCCAAAAUAAAUGUUUUUGCUUAUGCAAUAAAUAUAUGUGUACUGUAUGUGCGUGUGUGUGUGUAUAUAUAUAUAUA